AUGUUCUCGGACGAGAGCGAAGAAGAGGAAGAGGAGGCUCCAAGCGACAAGAAGCAAAGGGGCAAAGAAGCGCGCCCAGCCGCAAAAGGUGGCAUGAUGGACAAGCUGCGAAUGCUGGCGAGGCAGACUGGAAGCGAAGCGAUCGAGGACGCAGCGCAGUCGGACGGCAGCGAGAGCGAAGCUAAGGAAGAAAGGGAUAGCGAAGACGAGCACGACAGCGAAUGUCCGACUGACGAGCAGAUGGAAGGCGACGACUACGAGGCGGAAUGCAUCGCUGAGGAUGACGAUGAGAAGAGACCUCCGACACCGACAAACAAGGCGAAGACACUCCAGAAGGUCAAGACCGAGCGCGAGGUCGAACGCGAGGAGAAAAAGGCGCACAAGUCUGAAGCAAUCGAACAAGAGGAAGCGGAGGAAGAAGGCGAAGAAGAGGAAGAGUCCGAAGAGGAGGAAGAAGAAACACCUUCGUGGAAGAGGCUGCGUAAGUUUGUGGAGGUCAAGGACGAGCCACGCACCUCUGAGAAGAAGUCUGACUCCUCCGGCAAGAAGAAGGCGGCUACGGCUGCUGAGCUCAAGGGUAAGACCAAGGACGCGGUCAAGACCGAGGCGAAGAAGGGCAAGAACGCCGACGAGGACUUCGUCGAGGAAGAGGUCGAGCGGGUGCAGCUGUGGAAGGGCCUCUCGAUUCCUGCCAAGAUGUGGGACGGCCUGUACCCGUACCAAAAGCGCGGCGUUGAGUUCAUGUGGUCGCUCUAUACCAAGAAGACCGGCGGUAUCCUUGGCGAUGAAAUGGGUCUGGGCAAGACCAUUCAAGCGCUCGUGCUCGUCCUGGGCGCGCUCACCUCGGGCCGAGCCAAGCGGGUCCUCAUCGUGAUGCCCCUCUCGGUCAUGAAGAACUGGGAGAACGAGCUGAUGAAGUGGAGUGACAAUGGCGCCAUGCUUGAGAGCCGAGGUAUGGGCAUCUGCAUCAUGCACGGUGCGAUGAACAAAAAGAAGAACGAGAUCAAGGACAAGGUGUUCCAUCACGAGGGUGGGUUGUGCUUCACCACGUACGGCAACAUUCCCACUAAGCUGGCCUCAUUCGUCUCCAUCAAUUGGGACAUCGUGCUUCUGGACGAAGGCCACAAGAUCAAGAACCACCGCAUCGGUUUGUCUCAGUCGAUGCGGAGGAUCCCCUCGACCACGCGCAUUCUUCUCACUGGAACGCCCAUCCAAAACAACUUGAUGGAACUGUGGUCCCUCUUCGAUUACACGUGCAAGGGUCAGCUGUUGGGCACCAUCCACCAGUUUGGUCGCCAGUUCGAACAGCCCAUCAAAUAUGCCACCUACAAGUGCGCCUCGGCCGAGGAGAAGCAGCUCUCACACGAGCUGUCGAAGCAGCUGCGUCAUAUUCUGGCGCCCCAUUUCCUGCGCCGCGAGAAGAAGGACGUGUUCAACACCAACGGCAGCGCUUCCAAGGCCGACGCGGGUGACCAGUCGUCGCCUUCUCCAUCUUCCUCGGAGGAAAGGCAGCAGCAAGCACUUACCACUCGGAUGAACGACUUCAUCGUGUGGCUCAGUCUCAGCCCGGUUCAGGAGAAGCUCUAUCGCAGCUUCCUCGCAUCGGACCAGGUCAAAAACGUGCUGGCCACGACCAAGAACGUGCUCGAGGGUUUGGUCCUGCUGAAGAAGCUCUGCGACCACCCUCGUCUUCUCACCGCCAAGAACGCGGAAGCCGUGGAUGCCGAGCUGCUGGCCACAUGGUGCGAUUGGCUCCGCGACAAGCAAGAGGAUGACGAAGAUAGCGAGAAACCUAAGAGAGCGGCCAAGCGUAACACUCGCGCAACAAGCGAUGACGAAGACGAAGACGACGCAGCGGAGGAGAGCGAAAGCGAAGAUGAGGAUGAAGAGGUCGACCAUCUUCCCGUGACGCGUCAGGCGGCCAAGCGGAAGCCGCUCAUCAAGGCCAAGGUCAAGACUGAAAUCUCAGGUGGCCGGCGUCUCGCGGUCGACGAAUUCAACACUCGGCUGCCGCACGAGGUCAAGCUGCGAAUCUUCGGGUUCGCGUGCGGCCUCAACGACGUGGUGGAGGUGUCCAGGCUGAUGCUGGUCUGCAGCCACUGGAGGCAGGUGGCCAGCGACGACGCUCUGUGGUUCCCCCUGUGCCGGCACCAGUCCUUCGUCGAUGCUCGAGGUCGCGACCUCCAGGCCAUGGCGCUGGCCAACGCCGCGAGGCGGGAGGCCCAACGGGCCAAGGAAGAGGCUCGCGAGGCCCGCCACACGGAGGACGUGGGGAAGGAGAUACCGAUUCCGCCCAAGGAGGCCAGCUGGCGCGAGUGCUUCCUGCGCAAGCGACGGGAGUGCGUGCACCAGAUCUCGGCCAAGCUGGUCUUCCUCAUGCGACUCCUGCCCAAGCUGCGCGAGGAGGGCAGCCGCGUGCUGGUCUUCUCGCAGUCGCGCAAGAUGCUCAACAUCAUCGAACUGCUGCUCCGCGAGGGUGACUACUCGUUCCUGCGCAUCGACGGCUCCAUCUCCAAGUCCGACGAGCGCCAGCGUAGGGUGGAGCUCUUCAACUCCGACCCGAGCUAUUUCUGCUUCCUCCUCACCACGGUGGUGGGCGGAAUCGGACUCAAUCUCACCGGCGCCGACCGUGUAGUGAUUGUCGAUCCCUCUUGGAAUCCGACGCACGACAACCAGGCGGUCUGCAGGGCAUUCCGCUUGGGUCAGAAGAAGAACGUGAUCGUGUACCGUCUCAUCACUUGCGGCACCAUCGAAGAGAAGAUCUACCGACGCCAAGUGUUCAAGGGAGCGAUCGUCCAGAGCACAAUGACGCAGAAGUCGUCGCUGCGGUACUUCUCGCGGGAGGAGCUGACCGACCUUUUCCACCUGGGCGAUCCCCGCGUGGCCCAGACCCAGAAGGACCUCCACGCCCUCCACGCCCACGAGCGGGUCACCGACGAGUACACCGACCGGCACAUCCAGUACCUGCACGAGAUCGGCGGCGUGCACGGCAUCAGCGACCACGACCUCCUCUUCAGCAAGACCCAGGCCGUCGAGUCCUCGGCCGUCGCCAAGCAGCAGGCCAAGGAGGCUGCGCGACAUCUCAAGAAUCAAAACUCUGACGACGAGGGCGACGAUGAAGGCGCUCGCGACCUCGUGAAGGGCGGCGCUGACGGUGGCGCGGGUGAGGCCGCAUACACCCCGGCAAGCCAACCGCGAACGAGAGGAGGAGCGGAAGAAGAAGCGAAGACGAAGCGGGAGGUGGUGACGGGGAGCGCGCCGCCCGCGAGGCGCAGAAGGCCGCGCGAAUCGAUCGUCGACACGGCGCUCAACGCCUUCACGCCGCCGGUGACCGUCUACUCGCGGGUGAUUGAGAAGACCCGCAUGCGCAGGCUGGCAGCCUCGCCCGCGUCGUCUUCGGCACUCAUCGCGGCCACGCCCCAGCGCAAGACCACCACCACCUCUUCUUCCAGCAGGCCUCUCCCCUCACCCGCGGCGGUCUCGUCUUCUUCGCUGCGAGCCUCCGCCACACGGAAGCACGCCCCCACUAGCGCCAGCAAGAAGGCCACCACCAGCACCACGAGGGAGGACAAGGAGAACAACAAGCCUCGGGCCAACGCCAAGCGACUUGACUUUGAUGAUUGA